CCCCACCCCUUCCCAAUCAUCGCGAGAUUUGAGGAAGCGGCGGCGCCCCGGGGACAGCUCGGGCGCGUCGCUAUAGCAGCGUGGGCCGGGGCAGGGCGGCCGAAGGCAGGAAGAUGGCAGGUCUGGCGGGACGCUUGUUAGCGGCAGCGGCCGGUUCCCGGGACCGGAUGGGACCCGGCGGGCUCCGGGGCGGCCCCGCGGUGACCAUUGUGCCUUCGCGGAGCGAGACCGUCACUCGCAGCGGCGCCAUUUUACCCAAACCGCCCAAAAUGCCCUUUGGCCUCCUACGAGUAUUUACCGUUGUGAUCCCUUUCCUCUACAUCGGGACUCAGAUCAGUAAGAAUUUUGCAGCCUUGCUCGAGGAACAUGAUAUCUUUGUCCCAGAAGAUGAUGAUGAUGAUGAUUAAAGGAUUGUAAUGGAACAGAAAGGAGAAAGCCAUAGACAAAGAACUGGUUCUGACAUCACUGUCUCCUCAUGCCCCCUCCCUCAUUUUAAAGAGGAAAGGAGGCGCAGUUGGACCUCCCUCUGUACCAGUGAAUGUUCUCUUCAUGUCUAUAUGGCAGUUGGGAAGGGGUGUAUAUACAGUAGGUCCAGCAACCCUUGCCUGCUGUACCUUUCACCUCCUGAGGCCACUUGGGGUUCUGUAAUAAUGAGCCUGCACCAUAUAAAUGAUUAGAUUAUGAAUAAAGAAUGGCAGACUGAACCAUG